AUGUUCCUCGGUUUCCUCACUGGAAAGAUCGAGCAGCCGUUCCACGCAGAAGACGAGCGCUGCGCGGAGCUCAAUGAUAGACGGGGUGAGGAGUCAAAUUCAAAGCCGGCAAUCGCAAUUGGCGAUGGAUGGGGUGGCAAAAUGGUGAAAGAAGCCCUAGCCAUCAGAGAAGGAGCGACGGGUGCAGAGGUGCUCGCAAACGGGGAAGGAGCCAGUGGUGGUGUCUUGCGAGCUGUGGAGCUAAGCCAAGUGAGACGCGCCAAAACCACCUCCAGCUCGCACUGUAUCUUCCCCGAACACGCGCCGACCGCGUCUUGCGGGAAGGAACGAGUUAGCUGGCCCAUCCGCGAUAGGAAAGCGGCCUGGCUGAAGACAUUUGCACCAGCAACGUUCUACAGUUGUACUCAGUAUCUGCUAUUUACUGUUCUUGACCUGCUGCCGCCGCCCCCACUGUCCUCACAACACGGCCGGUCGAGCUCUCACGCCGUUCCGCGUCCAACAACAUUGAACUCGCAACGGCCAUCUUCACAGCGGAUAGAGCGCCCAUUGUCCUCGAGCGGUACUGUUCACGGCGCCUCGCCGGCGUCUGCCUCUCGCAAGAGACCGAGUGAGCAUGGCGUGCCGCGGGAUGCCAAGAGACGGCGGCAGGAUGCUGGUGUCCUGUCUGCGGAUGAGCUUCUAAAGCCGUCGAUCGUUGUCCGAGCCCAUCCGUCCAAUCCCUUAUCGCGGCCAUGCACGUUGUUCCCCAUGAUGCUUCUACCCCGCGAGCAUCUGCCUCUAUCGUAUCUUGAUCUCACGUCCCCGAGCGGUAACUUGCCGUCUUCUCGACACUUCCAGUCUGACAUCCGUAUCUUGGAUCUGGAAGGCCGGCUUGGGUCGAACAUUCUUAUUGCUCGUUCACCAUCGAGCAACUCCAGCUCCUCGGGCGGUUUCAGCAGCGCCAGCAGCAUAUUUGCCAUUGAACGGGAGGAGGCUGGUAUUUAUGUCCUUUGCAAACUGGGCAACUGGGUGGACGUUACCCAGCUCGGCCAACACGCUACUGCCGUGUGCCAGCAGCGGAUGCCUUCUCCAGCAAAAGCCUUGGGAGUAGGGAAGGCCGAAGAACCUGCAUCAAUCACACCUCAAGUGUACAAGGAGCGAGGUAGGAAGAGACUGGCCAUUGCCGAGCUGCAAUCGAUUGUGAGGCGGCGGCCGGCCUCUCAAGUUGUGGCAGACGCGGCUGUCCCUGCAAGUCAAGAUGAAGAGUUGCCCCUGCCGUUGUUAGAGACUGCCGAGGAACCUAAGCCGAUCCCGGAGAUACCGAGAGAAAAUAAGGAGGCUCACGAUGACCUGCCUGCACGCCCACCGAGCCAAGCUCUUCUCCAGAAAAAGUCUGCUCCUUUGAAGACAGCGCCUCUGCCAACACCGCCCGCCUCUGAUACAACUAAGCGCUCAUCGGCGGAGCCAACACCAACCGUAGGCGCGGAACUUAAUGUCCCGCCUACGGCGGAGGAUAUAUUCCAAAACAUCCGCAAUCAGUACUUUGAAGCUCUGUACCACUCCCUGGGCUCCUUGGCGUACUUUGCAAAAGGCCCCCUGUCUCGUGCGCGUGCAGCUUUCCACUUGGAUUGUGACUCCAAUCUCGAGAUGGAUGAGCUCAUCGACUUCUUGAAGAGCAUCAUCUUGACCUCUGCGAUGAUCGACAAGAAAUAUCGCGAGACGAUCCCAGAUCUCGUUUCCCAUUUGCGUACCCUCGAGGAACUAUCUGACCAUGGGGACUCCAAGAGAAAAUCGAAGAAGCCGAAGAAGGUGAAGCUUGGAAGCAGCGGCCUCUAUACAGGCGAGGACGUGCAUGUGCGCAAGUGGUGGGCUGCCAACAAGCCAGCACCUCGCGACGAUGAGGUUUUCCCCCGACCCGAGGAGGUCAAGUACACAAUCUCAUGCUUGCGCACGCGCGAGACGCAGCUGCAGAUGAUCCUCAUCUUGGAGAUUAUGGCACUAGAAACGAUGCGGCCGACAGGUGACGCAGGCGAGAGCCAGCUCCCUGGCAUGGUUGGAGAGAUGCCAGCAGUCGCCCCGAUCAAGAAAGAAGCGCCAAAGAAACGAAACAAACACAACUUGCCCCUAUUGAUUGAUGUCCAUGCCGACCGGCUUUGCAUUUGGCAAUCAACAACUUCGGAUGAGGUGAUAGCAUUGGCCGAGUCCCAAGCACGCCCAGUUAGAGAAGCGGCUACGACAAAGACGGCGCAUUCCGACCCGUUAAAAGACUUUUGUGUGGAUAUUAUUUUGCCCUUCUUCUCCCCUCGGUUGCCUCUGGUGUGCGAUACCUUGAACCGCAAACUGGGUGGACCGGUCAUUUCGGCGCCAGGCUCUCGAUCCAAGAUGGCACCCAAUUCGGCCAAGUCCCCAUCAGACGCGAAGUCGCGUGAGAAAUCCUCGUCCUCCAAAUCCCAUCAGCGGUCGAAACCAGGUUCUGCGGCCCGACGAUCGUCAGCCUCAACCGACAAGACCCGUAGCUUAGAACGUGUCCUGUCGAGCGAACGGCUGCGGCGCAGUGUUUCACGCGGACCCAAUGAUGCCAUUGCCCAGAUGCGUAGCGCCACGGCCGCUCCGAUUCCUGGCCUGAAACGCGAGAUGAGCGAGCCCGCGUUGGCCAGCAUCCCCCGCCGAUCAUCGUCCACCUCACUCAAAGAACGUCCGUCAAACGCGUUGUCUAGGACUUCGUCAGACGUCGUUAGUGCCAGAGUAGGCCGGCCCGAAGAGACGCGUGCUCGCAAGAAGGCUAUGGUUGACGCCGAGUUGCAAGAAGCGAUUUCUGCCCUUAAGAAGCCAAAUCGCGAGCUCGCUGGCAAGGCAACAGUUGAAGCAGCAGAAAAGCGGCUGUUUGGUAUACAAAACCAAGCACGAAAAUCCAAAAAGCAGAUAAGCCGACCAUCACCUGGCGGGGUGCAAGUCAAGGCCACACCGGUGAACAACAGAUUCCGCGAUGUCUUCGCCACGACGACGACUAUGGAGUUUCACGGUAACGAGCGCGGCCAUGUUGAGAUGCACGGCAGCUACAGUCAGAGGCAACUGGAGUAUCCCCUGCCAAGCGAUCGCGAACUCCUGUUCCCUGGUCGUAGCGUGCCCCAAGUCGGCUUUCUUCCUGUGUCGCCUCGAGUCAUGGGCACCCCUAUGGCUGGCCGGGUUCAAGCAAUGCCUAUGCGAACAUCUACAUCUGUACCGGACUCGGCGGCUAGGGCGGCUCCCACAACGUCGGCACCGUUCGACACCGCGUCUAUCACGACGACGACUACAACCAGCACAACAACUGCUACCAUGAGCAAAUUCUCCAUGGCGCGCACAUCACGGCUAGAGUCUUUCCCAAAGGAAGAGGACUCCAUGCCAAUAUCAUCACCUGUGGCAGCGCGUCGGGUGGCAAGCCAAGUUGUACGUAGUGGCACUGGAGCUGGCCUCCCUGCAUUCCGGAAGCUAGGCGAAAACAAAGCUGCUCUUUUUGAUGGCGACAUGAUCCCAGCAUCGUCUCCGCUGCAGGCUCGUUCGCAACCAGCAAAGACAAUGAUGGCUGAAACAGAAAACCGAGAGACUCUUCUGUCGACGGGCACCCAGCGACGAUCCACCUUGUUUGAGACACCAACGAAAGUGCGGUUAGUCACAAUGGAAGACUCUGCCGCUAUGAAGCGGGUCAUGGCGACACCUCUGCUGGCAACACCGCUUAUGGCGACACCACAUCAUGGCCGCUCGCUGGCUGCCCCUACUACUUUUGUCGGAGAUGGCAACAGCGUGCAGUCCCUCUAUGCUCAAAUGGGCUGGGAAGACGAAAUUGACGAUCUGGCGUAG